CCAAUAAAUAUGUGACAGACCGAACUUAUGUUUUUUUCAAACAGAGUACUCUAAAUAUGUUCCUUCCAUUGAAUUUCUUGGACAUAGUGCCCCUCAAAAAUAUAUAGUUGUUUGGAUUUAUACCGGAUGGUUCAGACGCUAUAGUGAAAUGUAUGUCAAAAAAAUGGGUUCAUUCAACACUAAAUAUCUCCCACUCGAUCUUUUGGGAUAGUGUAUUUUCAUUCCAUCUUCAUAAGUUUACUGAACGGUACUUUUUCUAUACAGGCUUGGACUCACUGAUGACUUCAAGGACUCCUCCUAGCCCACUUCGUGAUUGUCCAGAAUUGCCGUUAGAAAUUGAACUCACAAACUUCGAAUUAUAAUUGUUUAAUUCACUUAUUGUAAUAAUCAUUUACAUAACUAUAAGAAUAAGGUGUUCAUAAUGACGGAAUAAUAAGCAAUUACUGUUGAGUGCCAGUAGAGUAGAAAUAUGCUCGAAGAUAUGUACCUUUCUAAGCUCCAGAAGAAGUAAACGAAAAUAAAAACUCAGGAUAGAUAAAGUGAUCAGAAGUCUAGUGACAACUUUAACUGAGAUGAUUUUACGUGAGUAAAUCAAAUAUUUUAAUUUAUCUAUUAAUGCAUAUUCAACAUAUUUAUUUGUUUUCCUUACGUGUUUUGUGAUGUUGGUGGCGCUACCACCGCUAUUGUAUAAUGAAAAUACUGUUCUACUGGCAACACUGGUUAGGAUUACCGCCUAAUAAAAAUUUUAAAAAACCUAACCUGUUUUCUGUGUGUAAUCCGGAAAGUUGUAUUUUAUUAAUUGUUAAAUCGAAUAAAAAUAAGUUUCAAAAUAUGGUACUGCCUGAAACAACGGCUUUGAAUUUGGACUUACCACAACAGCAAAGCUUCAUCAGGUUUUACAACAACUUACCUGAGAAGUCUCCAUCAACAAUUCGGUUCUUUCAUCGCACUGACUACUAUACCGUCCACGGCGAGGAUGUUACCGUUGCAGCCGAUUUCCUCUCGGUUGCCAUCAAAUAUAUGGGCGACAGUCCAAAAUUAGGCUAUGUCUGUUUCAAUAAAUCCAAAUUCGAAAGUUUCGUUAGGGAGUUAUUGCUGGUGCGACAGUAUAGAGUAGAAGUAUACGUGAAAGCAUCGCAGAAGAGUAAUGAUUGGCAGUUGGAGUACAAGGGGUCGCCUGGAAAUUUGACGCAGUUCGAGGAGAUUCUAUUUGAUAAUGUCCAGAUUGAUUUUACAAAUUCGGUGAUGGGGGUGAAGAUCAUUCAGAAUAGGGUAUUGGCAAUAAGCUGUGUGAAUAUAACUGAGGCAAAAUUUGAUGUAUGUGAAAUAAACGACAAUGAGUCGUUUUCAGAGUUAGAAGCGUUAAUCGCACAACUUGGUCCAAAAGAAUGCAUUAUACCAGCUGGAGAGUCACCAGACCUGAAGGCAUUGAACACAUUGUUAGACCGCAAUGGAAUUUUAGUUGCUAAACUGAAAAGAUCCGAUUUCAAUGUAGACAAUAUCAUGCAAGACCUCAAUAGGUUGUUAUUUUUCCACGAAGACCAGCAAAGAAAUGCUGCUGUUUAUAGUGAAACCAACAUGAAUGAUGCAAUGGGAUGCCUGCAGGCAUUAAUCAAGUUUCUCAACUUGACAGGUGAUGAAAAGAAUUUCAAUCAGUUCAAGCUGGGUACAUUGAACGCACACAGGUUUGUCAGGUUGGACAAUGCAGCACUUUAUGCUCUUAAUGUUCUGCCUAAGGUAGCAUCUCAGAAUGCAGAAGGCGUAUCAAGUGUUACCGCAUCAAAAUAUUCUAGUCUGAAAGGUAUUUUGGACAAUUGUGUAACACCUCAAGGAAAGCGUCUUUUAGACCAAUGGAUCAAACAGCCAUUAAAAGACUACAACUCACUCAAUGAUAGACUUGAUAUUGUAGAAAGUAUUUUGAAUGAUGCUGAAGCUAGAGCGAUUCUUUCAAAAGAUAAUCUCCCACGAAUUCAAGAUCUAAUGCCAUUGUCAAGAAAAAUUACUUGUAAGAAAGCUACUCUGCAGGACUGCUACCGGGUUUAUCAAACUAUCAAUGGUGUGCCAGCUGUUUUACAAACCUUAAGAAAAAUUGAAAACAAAUGUGUUCGUGAUAUGCUGAUCAGUCCUAUCGCCGAUAUUCUAUCUGAUUUAGAGAAUUACCAAAGCAUGAUUGAGACGACCAUAGAUCUAGAUUUGGUUGAUAGAGGGGAAUUUUUGGUUAAACGUAAUUUUGAUGACGAAUUGAAGGAAUUGCACAGGAAGAAGGAUAGAGUUGGUGAAAAGAUGCAAAAGGUUCUAAAAACGUCAGCAGAUGAUUUAGGUUUUGAAGAUGGAAAAACUAUCAAACUGGAGUGCAAUGAUCAGCACGGGUAUUUUUUGAGAGUUACCCUCAAGGAAGAGCCGGUGCUUAGAAAAAAUAAAAGAUAUAAAAUAUUAGACGCCAUUAAAGGAGGAGUAAGAUUUACUACUGAUAAGUUGGUUGAGCUGAAUGAAGAAUAUAAAAUGUUGAAUGCUGAUUAUAUUGAGAGGCAGAAAGCAGUUGUUGAUGAAAUAUUUGAAGUAGCAUCUGGAUAUGCCGAUAGCCUGAGAACUUUGAACACGCUCAUAGCAACUGUUGACGUUCUUGUUUCGUUUGCCAUUGCCGCGAUAUCUGCUCGCAUACCUUAUGUGAGACCAAAACUCCACAAAGAAGCUUCAGGAAUUUUGAAACUGAAGAAAGUUAGACAUCCCUGUUUAGAAGCACAAGAUGAUGUAUCCUUCAUUCCUAAUGAUGUUUCCUUUCAACAAAAUGACAAACUGUUCUAUGUGAUCACUGGUCCGAAUAUGUGUGGUAAGAGCACAUACAUCAGAAGUAUUGGGCUUUGUGUUCUCAUGGCACACAUUGGCAGUUUUGUUCCUUGCGCAAAAGCUGACAUCUCGGUGGUGGAUGGUAUUUUGGUCAGAGUUGGAGCUGAUGACUGUCAGCUGAAGGGAUUGUCAACUUUCAUGCUGGAAAUGAUUGAGAUAUCUUCAAUCAUAAAGAGUGCUACGUCUAAUUCGUUGGUAAUUAUAGAUGAGUUGGGCAGAGGAACUUCUACUUAUGACGGUUGCGGACUUGCAUGGGCCAUUGCUGAGCAUCUCGUACAAGAAACGAAAUGUUUUUCUCUGUUUGCAACACACUUCCAUGAAAUUAAUAGGCUUGCAGAGAUGAAUUCCAAUGUUGGUAACCUUCACGUCACCGCAGUAACUACAGAAAAAACCAUAACUCCUCUUUAUUCCAUUCUUGAAGGAGAAUGUGAUAAAAGUUAUGGUAUCCAUUGUGCAAGGAUGGUGGGAUUUCCUGAAGAUGUUAUCGAGGAUGCCAUAAAAUACCAGAAAAAGUUGGAACAUGCCAGUGGAUUAAAAUUUAUAAGUGAUUUUGCACCCGAAGUUAAAAGGCGAAUAAUGGAGGAGGGAGACGAUAUUAUUAAAAAUGCCAUAAAGAAGUUCAAAGAGGAUUCCCUUGGAAUGAGUAGGGAGGGUCUUCAUAAAAAGAAAAUUGAAUUCAGGACUGCAAUGGGAGCCGAAGAAAAUUUAUUCAUCAAAGGUUUACUCUCCGAUAUCGAAUCUUGAAGACAAAUUGCUCUUAUAUAAAUUAUCUUUUCAAUCCCUCAUUCAUUUUGAUCCUGUCGAAUAGAAAUUUUGUUAUGGUCAUGAGUUGGACUGAUGAAUGUAGCUUUCUUUUCCAUAGUGCCAUAUUUUUUUAAAUUGUACUUUCAAGAUCUGAUUUUUCAAUGUAUUUGACAUUUCAUGUACAAAUUUGUUA